AUUUCAGUUAACUGAGCAUUCGCGAGUCAGACAAUUUAUGCUUAACUAAGAAUAAUGCUUGGCCUGCGUCCCAAUGUACAUCCUAAAUUCUAUGUGAUAAUUUUAUGUCUGCCUGAACGCUAUACAGUCUCCCACAGCGUUUGAUAUUACAGGCUGGACAACUCCCCUAAGAGCUCUCAAAUAUCCAUGGAUACCAUCAACACUGCACUGGGUGCAUACCUUCAAUGCACCGCUGUGGAACAAUCCAGCUGAGUCUAAACAUUCCUGACCUCAGGUUCGAUCAUUAUUCAGAAGAUAAAGUGUGACAGAGGAAUAAAAAUAUCUCAUAUUUCAUAUACAAAUAUAUUUUCUCUAUUCAAGGAGAAAAAAAAAAAGUCUGAUAUAUAAGAAACUGCAGGUAAAAUAUAAUCCGGACCAUUGGAAUAAUGAACAUGGUAUACCUAUACCCAGGAAUACCUAUGUGAUAUGGAAAAUCAAAAGAGAACUUUUCAGCAAGAUGCUGAUUCGGCAUUGAUGGAUUCAGAGAUGGGAACACUCCUAAAUUAUAUUGAUUGUCAGAUGGAGCAGGAGUAUUUCCAGACAUUGGAAUCCUCACCAGAUCUCUGUCGUGGGCUUCCAGGACUUUUAAGAUACAAAAGAGAGUCCCAGGAAAGGAUGUACAGUCCUCAGCCUCAACAGCAACUGGACUCUCCAAUAUGCUGUCAGUUCUGUGGUUUGAGAGCUUGGCCGCCUCUGGAUCCGGUUUAUGCAGAGACACGAGAGGACUUCUGCUGUGAGAACUACAGAGAGUUGUUUGAGAUUGUGGUCCAUGAAAAGCAUCUAGCUAUGAAACGUUCUGAUGCAAGGCCUAGUGGACCUGCUCAACUAGAUGACCCCUUCAUCACUGAGGACGAAGAACUACAAGAAAGAGGAAAACACAGUUUCAGACAGCAGCAGAGAGAGAUGCAGAGAUAUGACAGAGAUGCUCACUCCAGUUUAUUGGCAUCAAACAACAAACUUGUCUCAAGGCCACUGAAAAUCCAGCUUUGCCAUCACAGUUUCAGACAGCAGCAGAGAGAGAUGCAGAGAUAUGACAGAGAUGCUCACUCCAGUUUAUUGGCAUCAAACAACAAUGUGCCUCAUGAUAAAACAGUCAUCAGUUUCCGGCUCUCCAAUUGUCCACCCAGUGAGGAUGCUUGGAAAGUUAAAGAGUACAUGCAUGUGGACGAGACCUCUGGACGAUGGACACAUGAGUCUUCUAAUCCGGGGUCAAUUCAGUUUGGUUUAUCUCAUCACCAGUACAAUUCAAGUUUCUUGGAGAAGUACUACUCUAAUGGAGAUAAAUUUCUCACCGUGUUUCCAGAUGCUUCUGCGCAAGUUUUCUAUCCCUCAGGAAACUUGGCUCUCAUCAUUCUCAGCAGUAAGAAGGAAAGGAUCUGUAUCAUACAUGAUGACAUGCCGACUCCUCUCUGUCCAGUCAGAGCCCUCUUUCAGUCUAAUGGCAGAGCCACUUGUUACCAUAGCAACGGCAGCAUUUGGUUGAGUAUGGAUGCUUGGGGUGGACGGAGUCUAGAUGAAGGCGGGAGAAGGAUCAGAUCAUGGAGCUGGACAGACCAGGCUCAAACCCCAACACCCCUGAGACCACUCUUUCUGUCACUCAACAGAAAUAUAGGGGUACGAGUUCUUGGGCAACCGUUGGUGUUUGUGUCAUUUCUUGCUUCUGGACAGCAAGCCAGAUUCAGAGUAGGCAGCUGUGAGCUGUCUAAAGAACACAACAUACCUCCUCAAGUCUUCAUGUGUAAAGAGGAACUGGUACUUCUGGCAUGCAGGGUUGGCCUUCACAUGGCUCUGAUACGGUUACAGCAGUGCCAAGCCUUCCCAUCCAGCCCAACACACCUGCGGGUCAGACCUCCACCUUUCCUCCACUCGCUGGUCCGAAGGUUGAGGAGUUUAAGCCACAGAGUACAAAUGGAAGAGCCAGACAAGACCUUUAUCCAGCGCUGUCUGCAGGCCUGUCCAUGAACUGACAUGCUUGAAAAAGCAUACAAAACAUGCUGGAGUAAUUUGACUUGACUAUAGGUUUGAGGAAAAAAGUUGUCGAUGUCCCUUGUCAAUAUUUUAAUGAUGUAUGAAAUACUACUCAGACAGAAGUGACUUUCAAACACAGCUGCUUUCUGUUGCGGUCAAUGUGGCAAAUUCAUGCAACCAACUACAAGCGGUUUCAGAAUCUGCAUAGGGAAUUCUUUUCGCACUCAUACUAACUUCCAAAACAAUCUCAUGGCAAAUCAUAACUACUUUAUGUUGUGGCUCAUUCAUAGGUUUUCAUAUGGUCUGCCCCAGUGUUAUAUUGUGAAACAUUCACAUUGUACAAAUUCAUACAAAAUUGUCACCUCCAAUGGAAUUCACACUUCGCCUAGAGUUUGAUUAACAGGUGAUCUGACCAAUCAUAACGCUGAAUCUACCAGUUUGUCUGACAAACAAACCAGACUGGACGGUAGUUAACAUCAGUGGACUUGAACUUGAAAAAUGGUGUGAAUUGACGUCUUUCCGUGGUUGAAACAAGAUACCUUCUGAUAUUCAUUCAUGUUUAUUUUGUGCUAUAACUAGAGGAAGAGAUGAUCAGUUCACAUGCCGCUUGAACUGAGAGCUACAGCAAUCUGUCACGACACAUUAAAGAGCAACAAAAUGGUAUUUGUUUGAAUUUCUUAAAAAAAAUGAAAGUUGAGACUUCGUUUUAUUUCAAAAGUAACCGGCUCUUUCUUGUCUGUCGUUGUGUUGUCAGUGUUCUCUUUGCUCCGCGAUGUAUUUUUUUUUACUGCGUAAAAACAUGAUGCAACAGUAAUUAAGGGUGGAUGGGUGGGCUUGUGAAUAUGCAUACAAAAGCUGGCCAUAAGCGAUUAUUUAUAGUUAGUCUUUUAUACACCUAUGAUUUCGCUUCAGAAGACAUUGCUUUAUUAUUGGAGUUGUAUGGAUUAUUGUCAUGAUAGCUGUGUGUGUCAACAUUUGGGCAAUCAAUAACUUACAUUAUAUUAUAAUAUUUACUUAUAUUGAAAAAAUUAAAAAACUGUUCAUGUUCAUGUGAAGAAUGAUAAAAAUAUUAUUCAUCUGCAAUGGCAUGAGGGUAAGGAAACAAUGAAUUUUAAUUUUUGGAUGGACUAUCCCUUUAUCCCGUUAUCAGAUAAAGGCUGAUUCACACCUGUAACAGUAACUAUAAUGGCAUCCACAUAAGGAAUGAUAAGAUUCUUUUUAUUAUAAGCGUAUGCUGUAGUUUUGUUGCCUGCCUGUUUUUACCAUUCAUUAACUGGAAAAAAUUGCUCCGAAAAUGAAUUUAACUAUAUUGUUCCUCUGUGGCACUAUCGUUAUAGCUGUGGUGUGGACUUUGCUAUUCUCAUAGAAUUAAACAUACAUUUAACUUUAUAGCUAUCAUCCUUGAUAUGAGCAAGCCUUAAGCCUAGGUCUCGACUAGUCCUUUUUAAGAGAAAAUUUACAACAUUAUUUUAACCUAAUCAACAUUACACAAACUGACCUAAAUGUUUUACUAGUACCCACCAUAUUGUGUGUUUCAAGUUUUUCUUUCUCUUUGGAGUGUUACAAGCCGUUUGUGCAUAGAUAAGAUCCCUGAAGUUGCAAAGACUAAAGUCUCAAAACCAAAGAGAUAUUCUUUAUAAAAGUUAAAGAGUCGACCACGCCCCCCUAAAACGGCUCAUUCAAACACACCCCCACAUGUCUAUGUCAUGGUGUGGGGAGAUUUGCAGAACACCGCCCAAACGAAGAAAGGCGGCGGGACUUUUAUUCUUGCUGUAGUACUGUUGCUGCCGCCGGCGCCAUGUCCUGGAGACGCUGUGUUUCGUUGUGAAAGCAAAACUAUUUUAGUACUUUGGCUUCCAAAAGAGGACACAACUAGAAAUCAGUGGUUAAGUUGUAUUUACAACACUGUUCCAGAACAGUUCAACCCAAAUAUUAGAGUGUGUGCAGCACAUUUUACGGAGGACUAUUUCCUGAACCUAGGAGUAGCCUGCCAGAUUCUCAAAGACUGUUUCUAUAAAGUGGGGCAAUUCCAACUUUGCAAGGACAGUCUGGUGCUUCUGACUCACAGCCUGUAAGUAUGUUUUCAUAUUUAAAGAAUUUGCCACAGACUAUUCAAACGCAAGUUUUGAGCUGUGUAGAGUAGUGCUUGUUGUUUGUCGUUUCUCCAUUCACAAAUGCAGACAUGGUAAUGUUUACGUGGCGCAAUGCAACACGACGCUUAAAAAGAUAGUAUAAGUCAUUAUAAUCAGUAAUUAUGUCCCCACUGGAUGCAACAAAUGCUUCGUUUAUGAGUUUUACUGUUUUCGUGUUGUCGCGCCGGGACACGGCCGGGGAGUCGACUCCAAAAGAGACGAUUCCUCGACUUUGAAUAGCUCUAGAGUCAGAGUCGUCUCCAGCACUGGAAUCGACUCUCGUUGUGAGUCGACUCAGAAAUCGCAGAUGUCUUCACUGGUUCUCACAUCUAAGUGAGAAUCUAAGAAGCAUGAAGGAUUUUUAGAAAUCUUGGCCAACUGAAAAGUAUGAAAAUGAAAAGUAUGAGCAUGUACAGCACUCAAUAAUUAGUUGGGGCUCCUUUUGCCUGAAUUACUGCAGCAAUGCGGCGUGGCGUGGAGUCGAUCAGUCUGUGGCACUGCUCAGGUGUAAUAAGAGCCCAGGUUGCUCUGAUAGUGGCCUUCAGCUCAUCUGCAUUGUUGGGUCUGGCAUAUCGCAUCUUCCUCUUCACAAUACCCCAUAGAUUUUCUAUGGGGUUAAGGUCAGGCGAGUUUGCUGGCCAAUUAAGAACAGGGAUACCAUGGUCCUUAAACCAGAUACUGGUUGCUUUGGCACUGUGUGCAGGUGCUAAGUCCUGUUGGAAAAUUAAAUCUGCAUCUCCAUAAAGUUGGUCAGCAGCAGGAAGCAUGAAGUGCUCUAAAACUUCCUGGUAUACGGCUGCGUUGACCUUAGACCUCAGAAAACACAGUGGACCAACACCAGCAGAUGACAUGGCACCCCAAACCAUCACUGACUGUGGAAACUUUACACUGGACCUCAAGCAACGUGGAUCGUGUGCCUCUCCUCUCUUCCUCCAGACUCUGGGACCCUGAUUUCCAAAGGAAAUGCAAAAUUUACUUUCAUCAGAGAACAUAACUUUGGACCACUCAGCAGUAGUCCAGUCCUUUUUGUCUUUAGCCCAGGCGAGACGCUUCUGAUGCUGUCUGUUGUUCAAGAGUGGCUUGACACAAGGAAUGCGACAGCUGAAACCCAUGUCUUGCAUACGUCUGUGCAUAGUAGUUCUUGAAGCACUGACUCCAGCUGCAGUCCACUCUUUGUGAAUCUCCCCCACAUUUUUUAAUGGGUUUUGCUGUGAGUGAACGAAAUUAAGUGAGGAUCCGUUUGCAGUGCAGUCCGUGAGCGGUGCAGAAGCAGCAGCACGGGCUCAUUGUGCUUUCACAUAAGACACGUUUGAGUGCGCUGUGAUUCGCUGCUGUUUAAACGGGCUGUGCACACGUGCGUCGGAUAGCUGGAGUUGUCGCAGAAAUGACUUUCCCCCCAUACUUUUAUCCUACGUGAAGGUUACUUUAGAAAUAAACAACAGUCAUAGUAAAUUAAGUUUGUAAUUAUACAUGGUUCUGUGACAGCUUUGUAGUUUAAUCGAUGCUUUGUUAUGCGAUGUUAUGUUUAAUGCAAUACAAUUUGGUUUUCCAUGGUUAACCUAGGCUAUUUGUGUUCAAUCAUUAACCUUAAAUCAUUAAAAACUCACAUAAUAAACAAGAAUAAAAAUCAAUAAGUUCGCAUUCGUAUGCAUUUACUCGUUUACUAACUGCUUGUUUUCUUAAAAAAAAAAACAACACUAGCUUUUCUAAUCUUUUUGUAUUCCAUCUAUGGUUUCUUUUUAGUUAUUAUACAAUUAACAAAAGCAAAAAAGGCCUCUAACACUAGCUUGCUCUAUUCCUUUUCUAUUCUAUCGGUUUUCCUUUUAUUAGGCUAUAUAAUAAUAAAAAAAAAAAAAUGUCUGCACUAACUGAGACUUGUUAUAGCACUUGCAUAUAUUGCUCUUUUGUUGAUUUUGAUUGCUUCCAUUAUCCAAAGUGACUUACAAAUGAGGACAAAGUGUCUGCUAAAUGACAAAAUUUAUGUAUUUUUAAUAUCAAUGCAAUGCAAGACAAUAGCGCCAACCCCUGACCAUUAUAAUGUGAAAAAUUCCUAGCUAAUUUAAAGGUUAUGUCACCGCUAAAUUGAGUGAUUUGGACAGUCACGCUAAAUUGAGUCGUGGAGUCGACUCCGAAAAACCUGGAACCGAACACCCCUACAAUACAGUAAGGGGCGUAACAUUUCCUCUCACGCUUGAGGUAUUCGGCCAAUCUUACGCACUGGAUAACUGGCCAAUCAGAGCACGCCUAGCAAUGUAAUCUUUAAAAGGAACACUCCACUUUUUUUGGAAAUAGGCUC